AGUGCAUCAUCAGUUCCACGUUUAUUACUUAUCCUGGUCUCCGAGAUUUGUUAUAAUCGUCGCCGCUAUUCUAUACAAGGAAAUAUCUUUGCGAGAAGAAAACCUGCUAGGACCGAGAGAAAACAGUCUAAUCAUGAAGAUAGCGAUUCUCGUCUUCGCAGCUAUUUUGGGGACGGUAGUGUCGGCGCCGCAGGGCAGUCCGAACGAAGUAACCAUCGUGCAACAGGAAGAACAGAACAACAUCGGAGUCAGUGGUUACAAAUACAGCUACGAGUUGAGCGAUGGCCAGAAAAAAGAAGAAACAGCUGAAUUGGUGAACGAGGGAACCGACGAAGAGAGUUUGGUUGUAAAGGGCAGCUUCGCCUUCGUUGGUCUCGAUGGGCAAACCUAUGUGGUAACCUACGUAGCUGACAAGGACGGCUUCCGGCCUGUUGCCCAGCAUUUGCCUAAGUAAAUGACGUGCAGUCUUGUUUGACUCAAAUUGAAUAUGAUCACUGAAAGAGCGUAGACUGCAGCUGUAGCGUGUAACGAUUCAUAAAU